ACGCAUUAAGUAAAGAGAGGCGCGAAGGUUGCAGUGCAUGUUCCCAGAUAGGGCGACUCCUGCUUUUCUUCCUCACACACCUGAGAGAGCGAGAGAGAGAGAGACUACCAGGGUCCUCGCAGCACACCACAGCCUAUCUCUUGCAAAGUAGCGCCCAGUAGCAGUUUGGCAAGAAGCCAGUUACUUUCGGAACCAAAUCGAGGGAGGGGGCGCGCACGGUGCGUGUGACGGGCAACUGACGUUUCCAACUGUCCUCUCCGCCAACGGAAGAUGCACACUAUGGAUGUUUGUGUACGCGCUGGAGACGGCCGUUUUCUGCAUUUUAUUAACGACGGACACGCCUCGUCAGUUGCCUUGCAUCCCCAAGGAACAUCAUGCGAGUAGGAGCAACGCACCCAAUGCCAUGCUGAGCAACUCCCCGACUUUUCUGCUGGCCCUAACCACGGUUGCCGGACUACUCCAGCGGUGCCACGGCUGGAGCGACGAGGACCUCCUGUUACCCCCCAUCAACUCCACCAACAGAUUCUUGGCCAACUUGGAGGUGGACGUGCACUACUCGAAGAGAUCCGUGGAGGAGAGCGAAGCCUCCUCGUCAGACACUUCGUUACAGCCGUUGCCACAGUGCAACGUCAGCGUGCAGAGACUUUUCCCCACCUCGCUGGUGGCUCGUUGGGACAGCAACUUCGGUUUCCAGUGCGAUGUGUUUAUAUAUACCGCCAAUAACAAUGGAAGGGCUUUUUUCUCUGCUGCUAUCAACAGAGCCAUCUCACCUGUUCUCAUCGAACACCUCGGAGUCACCGGCGGCCAGCAGGAGUUUAGACUGUGUGUUGGAUGUGGCAUGUCACGAUACCGGCGAUUCGGCAAGUCAAAGGCUCAGCAGACGGGGGAUCCCAUCAAUUUCUGCUGUGUUGACUUCAGCCUUGACGAACUAAAUGGGGACAAAAGUUGGAGAUUGAACCGUAAACCCAUCGAGUCAACUCUAGUGGCUUGUUUCAUGACUCUAGUGAUAAUAGUGUGGAGUGUUGCUGCCCUCAUAUGGCCGGUGCCUAUUAUUGCAGGAUUUCUGCCCAACGGAAUGGAACAGAGAAGGCCGAGAUAAAGAAUUCUGGAGAUAAGCCCCCAAACCAAGAGGCAAAAAAUACUGUAGAAUACAUAUUUCAGCGUUUUUUUCACAUUCUACCAGUAUGAAAGAAUGUCCGUUUCCAAUUUUACCGUUUAGAAUGAAAGAGUGCUUUUUGGUUUUGGUCUAUUUCCUAUUUAUAGGCCUUCAUUGUAAGAAGACCAAUAGUUUUAAAGAGGGUGUGACACUGACCCUCACCGCUGACGAGGGCACUAAUGGCAACAUCAGCUAGAGUUCAGAGCGCAGCAGGGGGUCAAAGUGUACUGUAUGCA